AUGAACAGUGUCUACGAGUUAGUGAUUGAACGCAACAAUCGCGAGACAGCUCCAUUCUUGUCGGUUCACGAAGCAAACGCAACACUUUUAAUUCAGGUAGAUGCUCUCCUGACCAAGUAUGAGCUCUCGGAACGAGAAGUUUCUAGUUUACGACAGCAACUGCAAGAUGCAGCGAUCACUUCACCAGGAACCAAAGUCACUUCGGCGGCAGCUAAGGCCGCUCGAAAGUAUGAAGUCCAACUACGCGACAAGCUUGAAAAGUUGCAGGACGAAUACAACGCCAAGCUCCAGUCAGAAGCCAACGAUCAGGCUGCCGCACUGAAAACCGCCAAGGACUUGAGCGAUAUGAAGGAUUUGAACACAGCGCAGGAAAUGACAAUCGCUAAUUUGCGAGAAGAAAAUAAAGGUGCUGAAAGAGCCAUUGAACACUUGACUAACGAAUUGUCCGAGGCCAAAUCACGAACCGACUUGGCAGAAAAGCAGUAUGAUGGACUGAAAAAGACCAUUCGCAGUCUCCAAAUAGAAAACGACCAUCUGAAGAAGGAAAGCCGAAUAAUUGAACAACGGGUAGUGACGGAAAAGGGGAAAACAGUUGAUGAGGUGAAUAUUUUGACUGAAAUGGUGAAUUCACUCAAACGGGAAGUUGAUAUGCUUCGUGCCUACAAUAAAGGUUCUUGGUUUAGCAAGAAAGUCUCCAAGGAAAAAGCUGAUAACGAAGACAAACAAAUUGUAGCAAAAGGACAGGAUAGCGGACGGAAAUGGGGCACUUUAGGAACGGUCUUGCCAAGCGCUCCCAAACAAACCAUCGACGCGCAUACUAUGGACGGAACUUGCGUGAAGUACGAUGCAUCCGGGACCAAUUUGGUGGCAACAUCAAGCAGCGAUUCAACCGUGAAAAUAUGGGAUACCAACACGGGUACUGUACGGGUAACAUUCCGGGGAACAGUCGGACAUUCCAUGAUGUGUUGCGACAUUAACGGUAGCACUGUGGUGGGAGGAAGCAGUGACAAAACUUGUAGGGUUUGGAAUUUGAGGACUCAACGAAUGAUUCAUCAUCUCGUUGGCCACGCCCACAAAGUUACUUGUGUUCGAUUAUUUGCCAAUGAGCACGCCGUGGUUACUGGUUCUGCCGAUCGUUCUCUCAAAGUGUGGGAUAUUUCACACAAAACCUACCGACAAACGACCACGUUACGCCACAGCUCUACAUCAAAUUGUGUUGAUGUCGGAACCGAUUCCCAGACGGCUGUUUCGGGGCAUUUGGACGGAGGACUACGAUUCUGGGAUUUGCGCUCCGGAGAACGCACGGAAGAUAUAUCCGGUCUCCACGAGGGCGCCAUCACGUCUUGCCAGUUCUCUCCCACGGAUUCCAGUUUGGUAUUGACAAACGGAGCUGACUCGUGCUUGAAGAUUACCGAUCUGCGUACAGGCCUACCCACACAUACGCUACGCGAUGGUGCCUUCACUACGGCCCACAGCUGGUCUCACGCCGUAUUUUCUCCGGACGGACGCUACGUGACGGCGGGCUCGAGCAGUCAAGGAGCAGUUCUGGUCUGGAGCGCAACCGACGGUAGUUUGGUCAAGACACUACGUUCACACGUUGCUGGCGUUUGCGCUAUUGAUUGGUGUCGCGGUGGAUCCAGUGGCCAGCAAGUGGCAUCGUUGGAUCGGCAAGGAAAACUAAUUUUGUGGGCGUAACUUACAUUGUCAGAUACCUCCGGAUCUGGACGUACUAUUGUUGAUUUGUGUUGCCUCGUUUGUCUUCCAGGGGGUACGCGUCGGCGGCACCAUGCUCCUGACUGCGAUCGUUUCUACAGUGCACAAAAGAAAUGCCGCCCAAUAUGAACGUCUUUGGGAGACGCCUAGUUCGCUAUUCGGACAACACACAGAACAUCAAGCUGUAAAACCAGUAUUUUUACCGUCCAAAUUAGUAUUGCCAAGGCGAAGAGUAAAGGUUUUUAUACUUAGGACAUAUUGACGCCGAUUGCGAGGCCCAUGGCACGAUUGACAUCCAUUUCAAUUUGUGCUUCAGCUUGUUCGAUAGUCCCGGCAGCCGCGGCGCCAAAGGCUGUUUUGGCGGCUUCAAACUGGCGGGAGACUGCCGCGGAAUCAAUGUCGUCGAGCUUGACGGCUUCCGGGCAAAUGACGUCCGUCGUCGAGUCGGCGUGGGUCAAGGCGUAACCACCCGCCACAAAGUACUUUUCCGGUUCGGCCGUGUUUUCUUCGUGUAGAAUCUGCAAGACACCAGGCUUGAGCUGUCCAACGUAAGGAACGUGAUUAGCAGUAAUACCGUAUUCUCCCUCCAAGCCGGGGCAGAUGACGGAAUAGACCGACGUGCCGUUGUAAAUAGUCUCGUGGGGGAGGGCAAAGUUGAGUUUGACCAGGGAAGACGCCGCGGCGGAUUCCGAGCUCAUGCUGCGGACCGCAACGACGCGGCGAAGGGCAGGACGAGCUGUUCGACUCAACAUGAUAAUACAGAAUUCGAACAAGUAAGAGUCGUUACUGGGAUGAUCCGAAAGGGUCGGACUCGUCAGCUGAAGGACACACAGAGAGCGAGGAUCGCUACGGUUUGGCGGACUUGCGCGUUGGGAUGGCAACUGUU